CAUUCAAUAAUUGCCCUAUUCUGUUCAUUCCUUCUGAAGCACGUGGCACUGGCCACUGUUGGAAGAAAGAUACUGGGCUAGGUGGACCAUUGAUCGGUCCCAGUAUGGCCACCGUUAUGUUCUUAAUUGUUUUAUUAAUUUGCAGACAAACAGUUUUAUACUGUCAUUCUUUCCCAGAAUUCAAAAUACAAUACAGUAAUGAUGAAAAAACAUAAUGGCCUGUCACUGCACAGAUUUUUCUUCUUUUAGGUAUCUGGGGAAAUUACUGAAUUCUUUUUCUUUCUUUCUUUCUUUCUUUCUUUCUUUCUUUCUUUCUUUCUUUCCAAACCACAGUGAUAAAAAUCAAAAAUGUUCCUAAGUAAAAAGCACAUAUUUUAUUUGCCAGAAAUUGACUACAGUCCCAAUUUCCCCUUCUGUCUCCUGUGAAUUCAGGAUCCAAAGCCCAUUGAAGUAAAUGAGUACACUUCAGUUGAUUUUUGAUCAGGUUCUGUGCCAAAAUGGAGUAAGCCUAAGGGUGACUCACACUCUGCAAGCUUCCACUCUGUAGGAGCCAAAUUGGGGAGAUACUUGAGUAAGGGUGGGGUUCUUAACUAGUUAACAAGGGGAUUCAAUAUAUCCAGUGGGCACUGUUAAACGGUAGACAGGAAGGGAAGCUGUAAGGAAGGGUAAAGAAGCCCAGGAUCUCAGUAGUGAGACUUUUCUUCCCACUCUUUCACCCUGUGCUUGGGAAAAGCCGUGUGGGGCUGGGACAUGAAGUUGAAUGAGGUAUUAUAAAUGAAGUACACUGUGGUGAACUUACAAAAAGUGUGUGAAGAAUGUUUGCAAAGAGAAAUCCAAGGUGAGGGAAGGCAUUCUGUGACAGAUUCAUUUAUUUGAAUCAAGAGAAAUAUCUGGAGCUCCCUUUACCCUUUCUUCCACUUAUAACGUACAAAUAUCAUUCUAAUGCCAUCUCUGCAAAAUAAGCUUUUUUGUUUUGUUUUUUUAUGUUAUAGUGUUUCUGUCUCUCUUAAAAGUAAUUGCAUCAGCGGGCCUUUAGUAUGGAUCACUGGCACAUCACUCUAGGCUAGCCCCACUUAUAAUCACAGAUCAUUUAAGAAGUAUAUAUUUCUGUGUUCUCCUUUCAGUUGAUUUCCUUUACAACCAUAUAAAGCAUAUAAAGCAUAUAAAGAAAAGAAAAAGCUUCAUCAAUUUUAGAAAAAGACACUGUUUAAGGUCUAAGCAAUCAGGCUAUAACCAAGAUUAAUCAUUCAAAGGAGGGAAAUAAAUAAAUAAAUGAAUCAGCCUAAAAUAGGUGGGGGGAGGUUUUAAAAGCUGGUAGGUUAGCACUCCUCAGCUAUCCCACAAUGUGUUCUUGAAUGUUGAUGUUUCUUGUGUUCCUCCAAGGAGCCUAACCCUGUGCUAUGCUGCCACCUUGGCAAAGCAAAGAGACUUACAAGCAAUUCCACAACAGCAUAGUGCUUGCCUUGCUGUUUAAUGCUUCUCUGGGCAUUGAUGUGUAAUUUUUCCCUUUUAGAAAGCUUCCUGUUUGUACAUAAGUGGGAUGAUAGAAAUGAUAAUCAUAUUUGUGAGACUUGACUCAUUCUGGCAUAAUCACGGUAUUUAUGCCAUCGGGUUUUUUUUUUUUAUAACUGUCUCCGGAAUAUUUCAUGCGUUUUAUAAAGUCUUUCAAAGAGGCUUGUUUGAUUUUGUGUAUACAUCAAAGACAUUAAAGAGAUGGGGGGAUAAACUUGAUCUAUCCCUUGGCAAGUACAGCAUGAUUCCCUUCUGUGUUUUGUCCAGUCUAGUUUUAAAGUCUUAAUGAAAAGAAAAAGCAGAUUAGAUGUAUUGACCUGACUAUCAGUUUGGAGUUCUGAAAAAGACUUUCUUACAGAAUCUUUACUCCUUUUAAUCGAUGGGUUUCGUUCAACUGGUGUUAGCUCUUUAGAGGGGGACACGAUCCGUUAUUGGGAAGUUGUUUUUAAAAUGCACAUUAAAAAUCGGUGGAGCGUUGAUAAUGCCUCUGCCUGUCGGUUUCUUUCUCUCUCUUUUUCCUCCGUGUUUAAAACUUUACAAAGCAGUGGAAGUCGAAUCAGAAACCGGAGCAGAAUCGAGCCCGGUGGGAUCCAGUUUUGAAAGAUUCGCCUGCCCCCGCGAUUGUCUUUGUGACUUACACAAGACUUAGCUCUCCCAUUUCAAAAUGCCCCUCCCCCCCCGAAGGCAACGUGUCCCCACAUGUUCAAGUUUAAUGGUGGUGGUAAAGCUUUCCUUUGAACACUGGCGAAUUGCCUACGUGGGACUCUCACUUUUUUUCUUGUGGGUCCCUUUACUUGUCCCUGUUGAAGCUACUAUAAAUAACCCUGCAAAAGGUGAAGCUUGAAUGGAGUACUAUUUCCAAAUACGUACUUUCGGCUCCAUCACCCUCCUCGGUGGGGAAAGUGCCAGAGGUGGGACAGAGGGAGAAAUAGCAAAGGGGGAGGACUUGUCUGAAGUUUUGCAUGCUAGAUUCGAGACCUCUCCCAAGCCAGGGACCAAAGAUGUGGUCCCCACAGGGGUCUGUUUUUAACUAGAGGAUCCAGUAAGUCCCUAAACACAGAGGAGAAAUGUUUGUCUCCCAAGCUAGAACGGAGUUACAGUGUUUAAAGCAAACUAAGAAUAGAAACGGACACGCUAUAAAAAGACAUAAGCCAAGCAUCUUUGCUGUUGACCUCCAAUAGGCAACCCCAGCUGGGUUGGGGUUUCCCAGUGACCUGUGCGACUGCUCUUCUGUGAGGCUGCAAAGGGUUAAACCGCUAGACACAGUUUGAGGAAGACUAUGGCUGAGGCUGGGUGCGCUGCAGCCAUACGUUGGGAAGCUGUCACGCUCACUUAGGAGUUCUGCGGCUCUGCUUGUCACCAGUGAGUAAUGAUCACACAUCGAUAAGAUCGCUCAGCCUUGUUGAGCUGGAAGCGCUGGGGGAAGGGGGAAGAACAUUAAAAAAAAAAAAAUUAAAAAGGGCGUUUUAACCACUUCAGCCGUGAGCUCGUCCGUGCCAGCCAGUGGGGUGUCAGGGUUCAAUGACCGGCUGGACAGCAGCUCCGGAAGCUCCUUUCCGUCCUCCCUUUCCUUAAGAGGAAGCUGGGGUGAUGGUGACCAUUGCCAGCUAUGAAAAAAAGGAGACCUUGGUGGUGAUCCUUAAAACAAUACCAUGCAAGAGUCCCUCUCUUCUGUAAGUUUCUCUCCUUUCAACCUUCCUGACCCAGUGGGGUUUGGGUGAGAUUCCCUAGGAGGAACCUCCCUACAGCAGGUAACAGCUGGGUCAGUUGCAUCUUUCCUUCUGGGAUGGGAUGAGCUAGAAUUGACGACUGUGUUGGUCUAUACACUUCUCUCUCUCUCUCUCUCUCUCUCUCUCUUUGACCUUAACUUGGGAUGAGGGAGCCAGACAUAACUCUAUGGCUACUCUUUGUGCCUACAAGUCAGAGCAGCAAGCUCCAACAUUGCUAGGCAAAGCAGAUCUCACCAAGUCAGGCGGGGGUGUUGGAACAAUUUGUGUAGGGGGGGGUGGCUGAGAGCCGUUGAACCAAACUGCAAACCCUGUAUAGAAAGGAAACCGCUUCAAGCCUGGAGGUGCUUCAGCAUCCAUAGUUCCAGCACCUACAGCCAGGCAUUUGUGAAGAGCGGCUCUAUCCUGGGGUGGGGGUGCGGGGGUUGAGAUAGUGCAGCAAACCUCCCUUGCAAUUAGUCCCAUUGAUAGCUUUUUAAAAGAGGCUAUUUGUAGGGGUUGGCAAGGGGAAAAUGUCUCUCACCUUGUAUCAGUCACUCAGCUUCAGUAAAACUAACUUUAAAAUAAUUACCUUUAAAAGCCCCCCAUCGCCCUAACAGGGCUCCUGGUCCUUUAAAAAAGACUCCGAAUCGAGCUUUGAAAGACUCCGUUCAUUCUCUGGAAUGUUUAGGUCCCAUUUAACCCCUUAGGGCUGGCGCUACUUUCAUUCCUCGGGGCCAGCAUGAAGCUGCAAGCAGAGAGUAGGUUUGAUGGCGGCAGCCCUUCUCCUCAUUAGUGAUUAUUUCCACCCUGCCUUGAACAGGGCCAGCUCUGCGCUUCAGCUUUCCCUGGCUUGCACAGUACUCCUGUCUGAGCCCGGGCGAACUCGCGGCACAAGCGCCCUGGCCAUGGUUUGUGACCAGAAUCCUAUUGAUCCCUGUGGGACUCUGGAGAAGACACCUGCUGCCACCCCUGUGCUGCAAAGGUAAUAAAGCCGCUAGGCGUUUGCCAUCAUGCAGACAACUCCUGUCACCCCCAAGCCCCUACAGAAGGGCAGGAUAUUCUAGUCUCCCCCCUCCCCGGUCGCGGCACUGCACCGGUGUAGAGAAAUGUGUCAUCUGGAAGCAAGGUCGGGGGGGGUGGGGGGGUGGCGGUAACAGGCGGCUUCUGCUGUGCUCCGGGAAACAAAGCUCCGGGACUGGGCAGUGCAGUGAGCAGCAAAGCUCUGAUGUGGCAUCCGCGGAGGGAAGUUCCUGGCAAGAUGGCACAGGCAGGCAGGCUGCCCUUCGCCCCUGAUUUGCCCCUGGGCAUUCUUUAGAGCGCACUUCUGCAAUACAACCUGUCUGGGCUGCGGUCUACUCCAGGGCGCUAUAAUUGUAGCCUUUCUCUAUCCACCUUUAAGGGCACUACACUGUGGAGAAAGGUUGGGGGGUGGAAGAGAAAGUCAAAGUGGUGGUAGCCUGGUGGUGAUGAUGGUGGUGGUGUGUGUGACAGGGUUUAUAAAGGAGAGAGGGGCACAGAGUAAGGCGCACAAGUCCAUUCUCUAAACAUUGGCCAUCUCUGUUUAGUGCAUCAAAUAGAGUUUCCCCCAUCAAGGGGCCUCAGGAUGAGGUAUGCCCUUGAAAAGGGGGGGAAUAAUUUAGACCCCCCAAAUGAAUUUAGAAUAAGAUUCAGAAACCGAGGUCAAAUGGCUCCACUUUUAAACUACAGAUGAACAGACAUUUCAAGUUCAUCAUGCAGUCAAAAGCAACGAAUAAAUACAUCCCGAGACACUUCAAUUGCCUUUCCCGGCUAAUAGACACAUGGAAUUGAUCGAAUUCACCUAUUCUCCCCUCUCUUUUCCUCUCUACCCUCCCCUAUAAUAACUUAAAACACGAUCUGUGUCCUGCACUUUCCAGGUAGCCGUCCCCCCGCUGCCCGCCUCCGAAAGUCUAUAUUGUAACUUGCUCUUCAAAAUUAAAUAACACAGCUUUUAUCUGGACUUGUUAGAACAUGGCAGGCACUUACUAGUGAACUAGGAAAGGUUUGGGUUUUUUUUUUUCUUUCCCACUGAAAGAAAUGCAGACAAUCUGGAACGUGUGCAAACCCCCCCCGCCCCCAAAACUAAAGGGGUUCUUGGCUCCGUCCAAGACAUCAGUAUGGGGUUUAUUUGAUAUGUAUGGCAAGACGUAGUUGUCCAUAAAAUACAUCCCCAGGUUUCUCCAGCAGUUUUAAAGUCUGGCUGGCUGAUCAGGGCAAUCAGACAGAGUAUUUAAAAAGAUCCGUCUCUUUCCCCAAGGAUAUGAUUGUAUUGUUUUGUUGUUAUUUCCCAGAUAAAAGUUCUUAGAGAGGGGAAAAGAGAAAGAGAGAGAAAGAGAAAUCGUCAGAGGUUGCAUGCAAGUGAAAUAACGCCAUGUUGGCGGAGAGGAUUAUUAUAAUUUGGGGGGAACCUCUCCUUUUGGAUCACUGGCCCCGGGAGUUUCUUUUAUUUAAACCAAUCCCCAUUGAUAGGAUCCAAUAGCCCUCAGACAGGAGAAAGGAACAGUCGCAGAUCACACGGUGGCCUUAUUCCUAACGGGGGGAGGAGAGGGAUUCAUUAUGCAAGAAUAGCGCUCUGUUGCCAGUGUUACCUUCUUUGGCACAGCUAUUUGGCGAGAGGGCUGCAAGGAGAGCCUCUCUUUGCCAUUAAAACAACUAAAGCACGCACAUCGGCCCGGAUCUAGGCUGUAACCCUUCUAGCGCGCUUCGCAUUGCCAGCGCUCCAUAUAGCAAGUUGCGCGUAGGCACUAAUCUGAUGGGGCAGACACCGCUUUCGGCAAGGGGUGGGUUAAAAAACAAAACAAAACGAAAAAAAAAAAAACAACCCAACCCUCAGAGCCUGACUUUGCCUCUUGGAAAGCUCUAAGUUGCAGCCCUGCGCUGCCUUCCAAGCAUUCUUUAAACUAGCAAUGUGGGAGGGACUCCAGGAGAGGGGGAGAGAGAGAUGGCUAUCAACUGAAUUCAUUACUGUAAACAUCUCCCUGGGGUGUCAGGCAGGGAGGGGGGGAAGAGGGAGAGAGAGAGGAAAAAGCACGACUUACAUUAGCAGGGAAUAGUCAGACCUGGGGCAUCAUAACGGCUAAGGUCAGCCUGCAAGCCCGGCUGAAAGCAAGCCCAGGACGAGGAGCGAGAAGGAGACAGACGGACCCGCGUAUAUUCACUCAUAGGUGUCCGGUCCCUCCGGAGGCUGCACAGGGUCCUGGGUCUCUGUGGCUCCUCCUCAUGUGAUCCACGCGUCUCCGGCGGAGAAAAGACCAGGCUUGAUCCGGUUCCUUCGGCUUCUCCUUCCCUUCCUUCCUCCCUUCAUUUAUUUAUUGGGGGGCAGCGGGAGGGCAGGGAGAGAAGCGCGGAGAGAAAGCGUGCUGGGGAUGCCCGCGCCCUGGGCUGCGCGUUGGAGGAGGAGGUGGAGGAGAAAGGGGGAGGAUGAUGCCGCUGCCUCCUAAGGGAGGAAGGAGAGAGAAGGGGAACGGAGCGCUCCGGGGAGGAGGCACAGGCAAGCGCCAGCCUGCGGGGAAGCGGAGCCUGCAGGGCGGGCUCGGGCUCCGGCAGCUUUUCGCCCGCACCGCAUUGGAUACUGCCAAAGGCGACCGGCCCGGCCACCACCACGGAGAAGCGCCGUCAGCUGCUGCAAAAGUUUUGGUGUGGGGGGCAAAAGGCGCAGAGGGGGAUUAUGAUCGGUGCCGGAGAAGGACUCCCAGCCCUGCCAGGCUUUUCAUAUCCAUCAUCAAGCUGAAAUGAAGACCUUGGAGGCUGAAGAAAGCUGAGUGCACCACUACCGUGCUUCAGAGAAAGGAACUACGGUCCAGUCAACCUUUCUCCUGACGACUUUUGGUAGCUUUAAAUUGACGAUUGCCUACCUUGAAAGACACAGGUAUUGCUUCUUUCAGUACACAUGGAGGAAGGCAGCAAAGUGUGUAACCCUGGCUAAUAAGACUGUGGCUUUCCUAUGAAGAGCAGAAGGCAGGCCAAUCAUAAAAGGAUUAUUUCACAGUUAGCCUCCAAGACUUUACCUCUGACCUGAUCACUGGACACAAAUACAAGCCAAUUCCAGUAACCUGAGUUUUCACUACCUGUUCUUUAUCAUUGUUUUAAUUUCUCUUUCUUUGGUAUUCCAUUUCUUUAAGUUCAAAAUGGGCCUGUGGACGAGAAUGUGGUCCAAAGAUUGGGCUGCUUUCCUGAAAUCCUGGCUCAUAAUUUCCCUGGGGCUCUGCAUGCAAGUCUCCAAAACUUUGGCCUGUCCAAAUGUGUGCCGCUGUGACCGAAACUUUGUCUACUGUAAUGAGCGAAGCUUGACCUCAGUGCCUCUUGGGAUACCGGAGGGUGUAACCGUACUCUACCUCCACAAUAACCAAAUUAAUAAUGCUGGCUUCCCUGCAGAGCUGCACAAUGUCCAGUCUGUGCAUACGGUCUACCUGUAUGGUAACCAAUUGGAUGAGUUUCCCAUGAACCUGCCCAAGAAUGUCAGGGUUCUCCACCUGCAGGAAAACAACAUUCAAACCAUUUCUAGGGCUGCCCUGGCCCAGCUACUGAAGCUGGAAGAGCUGCACCUAGAUGACAACUCCAUCUCUACUGUAGGGGUUGAGGAUGGAGCAUUUCGGGAAGCUGUCAGCCUCAAGCUUCUGUUCUUGUCUAAGAAUCAUUUGAGCAGUGUACCAGUUGGCCUUCCAGUGGACUUACAAGAAUUACGAGUUGAUGAAAACCGAAUUGCCAUAAUUUCAGACAUGGCCUUCCAGAAUCUCACGAGCUUGGAACGUCUUAUUGUGGAUGGCAAUCUCCUUACAAAUAAAGGUAUAGCUGAGGGUACCUUCAGCCAUCUGACCAAGCUCAAGGAAUUCUCAAUAGUACGGAAUUCACUAUCCUAUCCUCCCCCUGAUCUUCCAGGUACACAUCUGCUGAGGCUCUAUCUGCAGGACAACCAGAUAACCCACAUACCACUUUCAGCCUUUUCAAACCUCCACAAGCUGGAGCGGCUUGAUAUUUCCAACAAUCAGCUCCGGAUGCUGGUGAAAGGGGUCUUUGAUAACCUCCACAACCUGAAGCAGCUCACUGCGCGGAAUAAUCCCUGGUUAUGUGACUGCAGUAUUAAAUGGGUCACUGAAUGGCUCAAAUUUAUUCCCCCAUCCAUCAAUGUCCGGGGUUUUAUGUGCCAGGGACCAGAACAGGUCCGAGGUAUGGCUGUCAGGGAGCUCAACAUGAAUAUGUUGUCAUGCCCCACCACCACUCCUGGUCUGCCACUUAUCACCCCAGCCCCUGCUGCCACCUUGCCAACUACACUGGUUCCCACUUCAUCAGUUCCAACUCCAAGUGAUAAAUACAGUCCUCUCCCACCCACCACAUCCACACUCCCCACUCUGCCCAACAGAGAGGGUGGAGAAAUGGUGACACCUCCCAUUUCCGAACGGAUCCAACUCUCCAUCCAUUUUGUGAAUGACACUUGCAUCCAGGUCAACUGGCUGUCCCUUUUUACCGUGAUGGCAUACAAACUCACAUGGGUUAAAAUGGGCCACAGCCUGGUAGGGGGCAUUGUUCAAGAACGGAUAGUAAGUGGUGAGAAACAACAUGUAAGCUUGGUGAAUCUCGAACCCAAAUCCACUUAUCGGAUUUGUUUGGUUCCACUGGAUGCUUUUAAUAAUUACCGAGCUGGAGAAGACACUGUCUGUUCAGAAGCCACAACCAAGGCUUCCCACUUAAACAAUGGCAGCAACACAGCCUCCAGCCAUGAGCAGACGACUUCUCAGAAUAUGGGCUCCCCCUUUUUGCUGGCAGGCUUGAUUGGGGGUGCAGUGAUAUUUGUGCUCGUGGUCCUGCUCAGCAUCUUUUGCUGGCACAUGCAUAAAAAGGGGCGCUACACCUCCCAGAAGUGGAAAUACAACCGGGGCCGGCGGAAAGAUGACUAUUGCGAGGCGGGGACCAAGAAGGACAACUCCAUCCUGGAGAUGACGGAAACCAGCUUCCAGAUUGUCUCCUUAAAUAAUGAUCAGCUCCUUAAAGGAGAUUUCAGACUGCAGCCCAUUUAUACCCCAAACGGGGGAAUUAACUACACGGACUGCCACAUCCCCAACAACAUGCGAUACUGCAACAGCAGUGUCUCAGAUCUGGACCACUGUCAUACGUGAUAGUGAGGGGAAAGCGAGAUGCAUAGAACUAUGAGCAAAAACUCUGGAAAAAAAAAUCCACACACAAAAAAUUACAUUUGAUAAAUGUUACACAGAUGCAUUUGUGCAUUUGAAUACUCUGUAAUUUAUACGGUGUACUAUAUAAUGGGAUUUAAAAAAAAGUGCUAUCUUUUCUAUUUCAAGUUAAUUGCAAAUAGUUUUGUAACUCUUUGCUUUUUAAAUCUUUAAAAAAAUUUUGCUGAAGUACUGUACAGGGUUGUACAAUAAGAACCCAAUGCUAUGGCAAAGGAUAGAAAAACUCAUUCUUCAAACAUUAACCACUUUGCUGUCGAAGCUGUCUGAAGGAUGUAGGUCCCUAGGUAGUCCCCUGGUACAGGACAUAAGUGUUCAUUAAAACAGCGUCACUAGGGAUGGGCAAAGCCAGUUCUAAUAAAAUGAGUACAACCCUCUCACCCAAACUCAUUAUGAACUUCUUCUGGGGUUCAAACAAGUUGGAGUAACUCUGUUCCCUAUCUGUCACUUUCACCUGCCUCCGUAUUUCCUGGUUCCACCUAGAAGUGGGAGUUCAGAAGUGCUACCAGAGAGGCUGUUUCAGUGGUGUAUUUUUUUUUUUAUAUGGAUGGAAACAAAGAAGUAUCAAACACUUUCUGCAAGAUUCAGAGUUCCCUGUAUUUCUAUUCAUAAGAGCUAGUCAGAAAAUGAUCCCAAAAUAUCAGAUACAUUUUCAUGAGAAUUUUUUUCCCAAUUUUUCAUUAAAAUUAAGAAGUUUUACACAUUUUCUAACCAAUUUCAAUGGGAAAUGAGGGUGCUCACCAGCUAUCAGGUGACUCUCAUCAUAUCACAUCACCUUCUGAGGGAGCAACUUUCGCAGAAUUAGCAUGUUCAGAUAAGGCCUGCACCUAUGACUUGCUAAGUGCCGUCAACUCCUAUUGACAUCAAAAGUCCAAAUCCUAUGGUAUUUGCCAUGACUUAGUGGCAAUAUACCCUUCCAAAUCACUGAAAGCCUCAUGCAAAAAUCCAAGGAGAUCCAUAGAAAGUCUUCCACUGGCUUCUGUGGAUUUUGGAUUAGGCCCUGAGUGAUUUAGUGGCUUGAAUAAAGUUCAGUACAGAGAACUAGGAAGGAAGAAACCACCUGGCAAGCGAGAAAGCUUUUGUUUGUUUGUUUGUGUGUUUGUUUUUUGAAAGGCUCUCAGACCUACUAUGAACUGAAUUAACUUCAGUGAAAUAAUCACAUCAAAGUUGUAUUGUUUUAGGUGAAUGGAGAUAGGCAUUAACUAAACAUUUGGUGAGUUGAGGGAUUUGCAUGGAUACUAGUCCAUGCUACCCCUUUUACUCUCCCUUCUUCAAUCCUUAGUCUGUUGGCCAUUUUUUCAACAAUGAUCUGUGCUUUAAAAGUAGCAUUUGGGCCUAGAUUUUGCUCACUUCUGCCCUCAACUCUUCAGUUGGAAUCAAUUCUGCAUCCCUGAGCUUGACACAUGCUAUAUGGAACAUCAUGCUUCUACUAAAAUCAUGAUGUUUCUCUGAAAGUUACAUAACGUUCCAGCAACUCCUGACUCCUGUGCUUGCCAAAAGCUCUGGUUCGCUUGCCAGCUCAGUGAUGGAUUUGAUUUUUUUUUUUAUUUUAUUUUUUAACACUUUGGCUCACUCUGUCUCCUGAGCGUAGGAAACACACACAAGUUCACAACAAAGAGGAAGAAGACCACACAAAUAUCAGUAAGCCCCUCAUACAAAAAGCUCACAGGGCUUGUUUUCUAAAUGUUUUCCAAGGGAGAAGGGAAUGCAUGCAUGCAUGCUUGCCACAGAGAGCAUAGAAAGGUCCAGCAAAAGUUGGUAUUCCAGUAAAAGUGGCUCAUUAAUUAGAGAUUUAACAAAAUCACUCUGAAAAAUUUAGGAUUAUAUGAUCAUUGAUGGCUUCUUAUGUUGGGAGAGAGAGCUGUGGUCCCUUCCUCCGUGAAUUUCACCAUGCCCAUCCCUGAAUCCCAGCAGUCUUUGAGUGUGCAACUUCUAAAAUGCCAUAAAAACAUUUCUCUUCUGCACUGAAGAGAUUAAUCUGAUCUUUAGUUGUAGAUGGCAGAGUACAAUCAUUAUCUGAGGAACUACGCCCUCCCCGCCGACACCUUUUAUAAUCCCAUUUUGGAAUUCCAUUCUAUAUUCUGUAUAUUUGCUAUUUUGUCAGGCUAUAACCGGUAUUUUAGGCAACCUGUGUGGCUACUGUAAUAGUAAAGUCACUGAAAUUUUGCUGAAUAAAAGGCUGCCAUCUGAUCUCAAAUUGUGUAAUUUUAGCUAGAAAAGUCUAUGCAAAGUGUUUUUUCCUAGUAUGUGACCUAUUUACUCAAGAUAACUGAGAGAAGGCUGUAUUUUUUGUUUGUUUUGUUUAAUAUGUUUUAGCUGCCAAGGCCCCACACAACGAGCAGUAAGACAUGUGCCUGUGCACACACCUGUGGCAUGCGGUAUACAUGAAAGUUUAUUUUAGAUUAAGUAGAGUUAGUGAAUUCAUUCUGGGCAUGGAUGUAGUAUUUAAUUUCACUGAAAUAGCUAGUUAUAUGUUUGGUUUGAAAAAGCCAUCUCACAUAUUUAAUAAGGGUUCCCAAUCAUUGGUAUGUAUACCAGUACUGGUACUUCAUGCUUCGAUGUCUGAUACCGUAAAUACUUUUCUCUACUGUAAUUAUAAUCAGCUGUACUAUAAUCAGCUUAGUAUAUCAUAGUUACUAGAGCUAGGUGAAUUAUUCAUACCAAAUUACUUCUUCAGUGAGUUUAGCCCUUUAUUUCCAAUUGUGAAUUAUCUAUGCACAGAUUGAUUGAUAUGAUUGUGCUUGCUAUUUAAAAUUGUUUGAUGAAUACUCAUGUGAAUGUGAUCCAGACUAGGGGUUGUUCACAAACUGUUCAGUUUGACUACCUCGUGGAUUAUUCAUGGUGCGUGACUGGGCCUGCUAAAUCACAUGUCAUUAAUUCUGCUCCCUGUCUGAUGAUGGGAACUUUUAUAAACAGCAGGAGGGAAAUCCAAGAAAUUUAAAAAAUGACAGAGUUUGGGCUUCGGGUAGUGAACCCUUGUGCAAACAUAUUGGAAUGGAGUGUUCAUUGGACUCAUUUUACAUGAACGUUAUGUUGAAAAAAAAAAUCUGUACCAGAUUUCCCUGAAAAACAAAUUGAAAGAACUGGGAGUACUAGCUAAACAAAUGUUUAGAUAUAUGUUUUGGAAGUAUUUUUGUUACCUCUAACUGUUACCCACCUCUCCUCCAUUUGAGCACUCUCCAACACACAACAAAGUUUGGAUUGUUUCCAAUUCAGUUCCAUAGUUAUACAAACAGAUUAAACUCCAUUUUAGCACAUAGUUGACAAAGCUUCAUUUGGUGGAGGUUUUCAAAAGAGGCUGGAUCGCCAUCUGUCUUGACACCACAAAUCCUGCAUCUUGGCAGGGGGUUAGACUAGAUGACCCUUGUGUUCCCUUCGAUUCUAUGAUUCUAAGCAGGUGAUAGGCACUAGCUGAAGUCUGAGUCUGGUAAAAUGCCUGAAAAGAUUGGGAACCUCUCAGCUAAAAAUAAAUGUUGACAAAGAUAUUUUUUUGUGAUUGGACAUUUAAUAUUAAAUUAAUAUCACAAGCUUUCAUCUUGUACACAAUAUAUUCCAAACAGGCUUCAUUAAUGCUGCAGAUUAUGGGAUCUGCCUCAAUUAGUGUAAGAUCUGCAUACUUACAUUAACUAGCAUACACCAUGGAGAAAAGUUUCAAAUGUGUACACACAAAACCCAAGCAGAACCUCUGAAAUGUGCAUUUGCUAAUCCUGAUUUCCAUAGAUCUGGGUUGUACACAUUCAUUAGGGUCUAUGUGCUCAGGAGUUGGACUUGCGCAUGAAUGAAAAUCUGAUCCAUUUUUUUAUAAUAGCCCCAUUCACCUCAUGUGAAUAUAUAGAACAGAUCACUGUGGGGAAUAAAAAAGGGUUGAAAUGAAACGAUGUAAAUUAAAUAUCAUGAAAACAUCACAACAGCUGUUAUUUGUAGUCACUGCAUUGGUUUUCCAAAGACUUUUUUCUUUACAAACUAGUCCCAAUUUUCAUAUACUCUGUCAAUGUGACAAACAUUCACAGCAUGUAGCUUAAAAGCAGAAACAAACAGCUGGAGGUCACACAUCUUUAAACUGUAUGGUUUGCAUUGAAGAGGCCGUCCAUGGACUCCUUUGUAAGAAUAUUUAUGUUCUGUAUUCCUCGCUUCCCCUGGCUGAAAAUACAUUAGGAGUUUUCUGCAUGGGACAAUAAAUACAUAAAAUGAACCUGAUAUCAAACAUGACAAUGAAGUAGCUAAUGCUACAGUUCCAUUUGCUACUGGACCAGCUCACUUUUUCUUUUCUUUUUUUUUCAAUCAUUUUAUAUCUUUAUAUAUCAGAGUGAGAAAAUUCCUCCAUCUGAGGAAAGAAUCCUGCCUAAAAUUGCAAGCAAAGAAAUCCAAUUCUUAAUAUAUAGUUGGUGUAGUCUUCAGGGAACUAAGUAAGGCACUUUUUUAGUGACUCUAAAUAGCAGUUUCAGUCUCAGCUUUUGACAGUGAAGUGGUUAAUUUUCAUUGAGUCCUUAGUUUAUAGCAUUUCUUUGCUCUAACUUAUAACAGGGACAUUAAAGUUUUACUUUAGAAUAUAAGAAUAAUGGUUUUACUCAUGACUUAUCUUUCCAGCUGCAUGAAAAAAACAAAACAGAAAUUAGUGCCAAAACCAAAAGUAGCUAGCUCUAAACUUCAUCAAAUCCUGUCUGAUGCUCUCCUUUUUACACGAAGGAUAAUUCUAGGAAGCUGAAGCUGACAUCCUUCCCUAAGAUCUACAGGAGAGGUCAGUUUGGAUCACAGAAGACACUAGGGGAUGCUUGUAAAAGAUUUAUUUGUGAAGUUUUUGCACAAGCAUGGUACUGUAUUUUCUCUUCAAUAAGAUAGUUCUUUCUAGUAGCACACCCAGCAGCCUAGCACAAACGGGAUGCAGCAAACAUUGACUAUAUUGGGGACUCUAAAGAAAAACAACCCAUUAGAGUUAAAUUCUGAUCCUCUUGAAUACAGACAAGGCAUGGAACAAAUUGUCAUGAAUACUGGGUCCCAGAUAUAGUGGCACCAAAUAUAUUAAUUGAAAAAUAAUCAUAAAACAUUGUUAUUAAUUGAGACAUAUGCAAAUUUCGUUCUUUGUGUUUGGUAUAUUUUAUCUAUAACAAGAGAGUACAAGUGGUCUGAAGCCUGUAUUAUCCAUCUUCUGAGACCUGCCAUGUCAAAACUCCAUUCUACAUUAUAUAGUAUCUUGUUGGCUUAAUCGGUAAAGACUUAUUGGAAAGAAAAACCACCACAAAACCCUGCGGUGUUUAUACGAGUACCUGCAUUAAAAUUCAGAUGUCUCAUCUUGUCCAAAAUCUCAUCCAAAAGGGAAUGGAGUAAAAAAAAAUAUGGUCAGGAUUCCAAAUUUUCAUUUUUGCUUAUUUUUUAAAAAGUGUUUUGCUGUACUCUGCUCUCUCUUUAAAUUCUAACCAACUGACUUGUUUGUUUUAUCUCUUUGUAUUCAAAGCAGUUUUGCCCCUAUAAUGAGAACUACUUGUUUGCGUCAUUUUCUGAAAGAUUAUUUUAGCUAUAGACACAUUCUCAUCUUGAUAUGUAUUUAGGAAAUCACUGUUCAAGAAGACAAGAAUGUAACAAUGUUUGCAUAUAGUGUGUGUGUGAGAGAGAGUAUGUGUAUAUACAUAAAUGCUAAGUGUGUAUGCAGAGGUAAUAUCCAAUCCAUGUGAGAAAUUGCAGAGCCACAGGAUAAAUGCCUUGGGUCCCUAACCUGCCUUUUACCCAUUAAUCUAUUUUCCAGGAAUGAAAUAUUCCUCCUCCUCCAGUUUCUCCCAGAAAAUUCAGUUCUGGUUGAGACCGAAGAAGAACAGGAUUCAGCUAUAGGAUAGUUGGCAGCUUUUCUACACCUAGUACCUAGUAUAUGUGUAUACAGGAGGUUUAGAGAGACAAGGUGGGUGAGGGCCUUUUAUUGGACCAACUUCUGUUGUUGAGGGAGACAAAUUUUCGAGCCACACAGAGCUCUUCUUCAGGUUUGGGAAAUGUACUCCCAGUGUCACAGCAAAAUGCAAGGUGGAAUAGAUUGUUUAGGAUAAGUGGUUAGCACAUAUUGUAAGGGACCAUUUAAGGUGGAGUGACCCAUUAACACCUGUGUAAUCAUAGGACAAAAAGAGGGGGUUAGUGGGUUACAGAUUGUUGUAAUAAGCCAUAAAUCCAGUGUCUCUGUUCAGUUUAUGAUUUUUAAUGUCUAGCAAAGUAAAGUAUUUAAGCUCGUCUUUUGAAGCCCAGCCUCGUCUUUUGAAAGUGUUGUAUACCUUUCCUUCGAGGAUAUGGACUGAGACUGUCACAUGUAGAGUGAUAGCUUUGUGAAAAGUGUUCACCCAGAGGUGAUAGGGUGUUUUUGUCUCUUUAUCAUUUUUCUGCGUGAGUUUAGAAUGGUCCUUUACAAUAUGUGCUAACUACUUAACAAAAUGCAAGGUGAAACAGAUUGUUUAGCAUGCCAUGCUGGGAUUACCUUUCCCAGACCUGAAAAAGAGCUCUGUGUGGCUCAGAAGCUUGUCUCUUUCACAACCGAAGGUCGUCCAGUAAAAUAUAUUACUUCUCGCACUUUGUCUCUUUAAUAUCCUAGGACUGACACAGCUACAACUACACUGCAGAAAGGAGAUUUAUACAUUUGAGAAGAUUCCCAACUUCCAAUGAUAUACACAGCACUCACUUCUGGCCCUGGAAGGGCCUGCGAUAUCAAAACUAUAGCUGUGUCAUUUUUUAUAUUGAGAAAAAAGUUUCUUUUCAAGAGUCUUGCACUUCACUGCUGAGUUCUUUUUUUCUCUGUAAGCCCUGCAAAGUUCAAGUCAUGGUAUAAGGAUGUGUGUGACUUAACACACACAUUGCUGUUCACCCACCAUGAUUCCCCAGUCUGUCUCUCCCACAGAAGCAACUCCUACUCUCUUUUCUAAGCAACCUGUCUCACCAGGGGUAGAUGAGAAUACAGAGAGAUGGGAUAGACAGCAGGAUAGA